GAUUUCUCUCUUUGAUUAAGAGACACAACUUCUCAACAUGGGCUUUUCCUGAGCCUGGGAGCUGGGCUGUUACAGAUCUCGGGGCAUUCAGGGCUUUAGUGCUGCUGUGCUGACCUACAUCUCUAUGGAUUAUCAAUAAUAGGAUUUGCUGCUCAGAGGCCGAGACCAUACCUACACAAACCACACAAGGAGCCUUCAGUGCAUGUCUAUGUCUUUGGGAAAGAUUCCAGACAACUUUCCUGAAGAACUCAAGCAAGUGAGAAUUGAAAACUCACCCUUAUUUGAACUUUCCCAGGGGUUUUUCACCAACAUGAGCACUUUGGAAUACCUUUGGCUCAACUUUAACAAUGUCACUGUGAUCCACCUAGGGGCCCUGGAGGACCUGCCAGAGCUGAGAGAGCUGAGGCUGGAAGGGAACAAACUCCGUUCAGUACCGUGGACAGCGUUCCGUGCCACCCCUCUCCUGAGAGUUUUGGAUCUCAAACACAACAGGAUUGAUGCACUCCCUGAACUGGCUCUUCAGUUUCUAGCCAACCUGACAUAUCUUGACAUAUCCUCCAAUAGGCUGACUGUUGUUUCCAAGGGUGUCUUCUUGAACUGGCCAGCCUAUCAGAAACAGCAGCAGCUUGGUUGUAGAGCUGAGAUUCUAUCCAACAUGGUACUGUCGCUGCACAAUAAUCCCUGGCUAUGUGACUGCCGUUUAAGGGGGCUUGCUCAGUUUGUCAAGUCUAUUGGUCCCCCUUUUAUCCUGGUGAAUUCUUACCUGAUAUGCCAGGGUCCUGUCUCUAAGGCAGGGCAGCUUUUACAUGAGACUGAGCUCGGAGUUUGUAUGAAGCCAAAUAUCUCAACCCCUAGUGCCAAUGUUACUAUCCAGGUAGGAAAGAAUGUGACCCUGCGAUGUUUGGCACAAGCCAGUCCCUCACCAACUAUUGCAUGGAAGUAUCCCCUGAGCACGUGGAGAGAAUUUGAUGUGUUAGCCUCGCCAAUUGCAGAAGGUAUCAUUCUGUCCCAGCUUGUCAUCCCAGCAGCUCAACUGGUAGAUGGUGGAAAUUAUACUUGCAUGGCCUUCAACUCCAUUGGCAGAAGCUCCCUUGUCAUCUCACUCUACAUCCAUCCUGCACAGGCUAUGGCUGGAUUGCAUUCCCUUUCCACCUCUUCAGAGGGCAGUGCUUAUGUUGACCUACGGGUGGUCAAGCAGACGGUACAUGGCAUCUUGUUGGAGUGGCUCACAGUGUCUAACCUCCCUGAAGAACAAUGGUUCACCCUCUAUAUUGCAUCUGAUGAAGCUCUAAGGAAGAAGGUGGUCCACAUAGGCCCUGGAAUCAACACAUAUGCUGUGGAUGACCUCCUCCCUGCUACAAAAUAUAAAGCAUGUCUCAGCCUGAGGAAUCAGUCUCCAGGCCAGGGCCAGUGUGUAGUCUUUGUAACAGGCAAAGACAUUGGUGGGCUGGAGGGUCGUGAGCACCUCUUGCAUGUCACUGUGGUCUUGUGUGCUGUGCUCCUGGCACUGCCUGUGGGUGCUUAUGUCUGGAUAUCCCAAGGUCCAUACAACUGCAGCGAGUGGUGUUUGCGCUGUUGCCCUCUUCACAGGAAAAUCCUAAGAUGCCCUCAAGCAGUGCCACAGUGCCAGGAUAACUCUUUCAAAGAUCUUUCAGCUGUCUAUAAGGAUGGCGAGAGUCACAGAGUCAUAGAGGAAGAUGAGGAGAUGGAAAAGGAGGGUAUCAGUUAACAAUCCACCAUGGCAUGGAAAUGAAUAGACCUCCAGAAACUUAAUUCAGCUUUUCAUGAUAGCACAGCUUGGUUCCAUUGACUUAUCAAACAAGUAUUUCUUGAGCAGCUAAUGUGUUCUAAUUAAGGUACUUGAUGAAGAGAGUUCAGAAAUAAGAAAGGGGACACAGUAUAAGCAAUGGAGCUGUGAUGUAUUAAACUGAUAAUUUUAUAUAUUUGAUAGUGGCUAGAAAUUAAUAAAUAUUACUCUUACAUAUACAUAGCCCUACAGGGGAUACACAGAACACUUCUUAUGCAUUAUCCUGCAAAAGAAAGUGGGAUAUUCCUUAUUGUAGGUAAAGAAACUUGGUCUCAGAAAGGUCGAUGAUUUUCCCAUCCUUUAUCUACCCAGUGACAGGGCACUGGUCUACAGAGGAUGGAUCCUGUUGUUUUACAAACGAGCCAGAGACUGGCCUUACUACAGCCACUGUGCUCAUGUGGAUGUAUUGAGAAUCAAUGGAGGUUGAAAUAAUGUUUUAAAAAUUGAUGGCAACACUUGUAUUGAAAUUAACCACUCUUCAUUUCUUUAGGUUUUUAUCUUAUUCUCCGAGGAGCAAGAUAAAACCUUAAAAAACCUUUAAAACCUUUAAAAGAUUAAAUCUUUUAAAAUGGAAAUUCCCUAUUUGUGCUGGAUAGUUUUAUGUCAAAUUGACACAAGCCAAAGUCAUAUGAUCGGAGGAAACUUCAAAAAAAAAAAAAAAAAA